CUCAAGCUGACCCCUUUGUCGAUGACGCUAUACGUAGCACUCGUUUCUGACGGGUAGGAUUAACGCACUGAAUUGGUUCCGAAGAAGGGUUGCCACUGUAGGGAAGCAUGGGCAAGUCUCGGGGUGGCAAGUACCAUUCAAAGGGCAAGCCUCGCAGAGGCCCUGCGGAGGAGGAAGAGGGAUCUGAAGAGGAGGAGUAUGAGCCGCAGCGCGGCAUAGGUGCCCAGCGUGCAAAUGUGGGCAUGCUGCCGCCCAGCGACAGCGAGGACGAGGAGGGCGAGCCAGCUGCCAAGCCCGCUGCUAAGGCCACAGGCGAGGCGUCCACGUCACAGCCCGCGGCGGCCAGUGGCGGUCAGGGCAAGAAUGCGGGAAAGAUGCCCCCCAGCGAUUCUGACGAGGAGGGCAGCGGCAGCGAUGACGACAGCGAUGACGACCCCACGCCCGAGUACCUGAGGGCCGCACCAACAGCACGCAAGAAGGAGCCCGAGGUGGAGCCUCGCUCCGAGGAGCAGGUUCGCAAGGACCUGGAGCGGCUGGAGCUGAUCCGUAAGAAGAGGGAGGAGGACCGUCUGAAGCGGAUAGCGACGGAGGGCUGGGACCGCUUCGCGCCCGUCUCGGAGACCAACAAGCCGCCCGGCCACGUCCCAUCCGACCACCCCAGCAAGCAAUAGCCUUUUUGGCUGUCUUAGGCUGGUUUCCUUUAAUGUGCGACACCAUGCCUUCCUCACUGCUGGGUAGUAGCUGUGAAAUACGGUGGUAGCUGAUGGUAAGCUAAUGGCGACAGGUCAUAAUACUGUAUCGGUGGCAGGUGGCGUUAGUUGCUAUUCAAUCGAAAUCCCAAACGAGUAACUGCCAGUUAAAUUGUAAUACACGCCUAUGGGCUGUGCAGGCAUGUGAUGUGUCGUAAACGUUGUUGACGUGGAGCUUACUUUCCAAGGCGGGCAGGGUAUAGUUCGUCAC